ACAGUUCGUGAUAUUUCUCUUAUUGCUGCUGGGAGUUGUUUUCUUUUCAUUCUUGCAAUAUUUGGUCUUGUAUGCAUUAUCAGGCAAGUAAUCAGAAAGCUAGGUUUCCAAGAAGAAUUUCCUAUCCAAUCUAUUCAAAUUGAAGAUUGCAAGCAAAUUAAGCAAGAAAACAGUCUUUAUAUUGAGUCGAGUCAAGCAGAGGAACACAUCUCCUUUAUACAAGCAGAGAAAUCCGAUCGUGAUGUGAAGGACACUCCGUUUUCCAGACAUCUCAGCAGAGAUAGCGGGCACAGCAGCAUUUCAUCAACAUCACGUGAUUCAAAUUCCCCACUUGAUGAUUUAUUAAUGAAAGAUCAAAAACUUCUCUUAUGUGUAGAUCACAAGCAAGUAGUCUGCCAAUCAGAGAAAGUAUUAGAUUCAGGGGACGAGUUAAGAUCUUCAAGCAGUGAUAUAUUGGGGUACAUUCCUCCGGUCAAACAAAUCAUUGAAUACGACAAAUCUUGCGAUGACCAUGAGGAAUGGAUGGAAAAAUACAACUACUGCAAUGGUUAUAUGAGAAACCAAGAAGAGGAAUUAAAAUUCCGUAAAGGUGUUGAUUAUGUAACAAAUAGCACAACGGAUGUAAAGGACGAACAUUCUUCCAUUAGAAGUCUUAAAGGACACAGAGAUUCCGAUAUACAAAGUUUUAUGGAGGACGGGUAUUUGUCGAACAUAAAUCCAACAUAAAACAAUGCUAACAGGGUACCUGAUUAUAUAAAAAGAGAUUUUUUGCCCAAUGUUCACAUAAAAUGUUCUCAAGAAAAAUACAUAUGUAUUUUUCUUACCUAAGACGAUUCAACACGAAACCAUACACAGAGAUUAAAAUAGAUUUGAUCAAUGUUGGACUUUAUAUUAUCAAAGAUGAAGUUUACCGUUUUCAUUCUUAUGAGGAUGAUGUUAGUAACCAGUAUCCAAGUACCUUUCAUUACAUUGUACAUUCUGGCUCCCACAAUUUAUCCAGUGUCCUGCCAGAGUAGUUUUAGUGCUUCUAGCAACAACGUGUACGAUCCAGAAACAAGUGUUUGAAACUUAUGCAUACAUACUUAUACAUAAAGGUACCCUACUAAAUUGCAAUGAUCCAUAAUUUUGUAACAGAUACACUCGUCCUCACUAUAACUGGAACUUUUGUAUUCCGCCAUUUAUCUGUUCAAAUGCAAAAUUCGUUGUUUUAUCACUGGGUAUUUUACUUCUUUUAUUGUAUUUCGUUUGGAUCGUAUAGUAUUUUUUUAUUUUCUUCGGUCUGGUCACCCCCUACCCCAAAGUGUCAUCACUUUUUAGGAAAAACUAUCUUUUUUGAUAGGAAUAUGAUAUUGAUGUCAAUAGAAACAAAAUAUCUCAAGAAAAAAUAUUUUCACAUUACCACCAGUGUUAGCCAGGGUUGUCCGGUGUGAGAAGCAGAGUGUUAUUUUUUUCAUGCAAUAUGCAAUUUAGGCUGUAAUCUUUUAAUUAAUUUUAUUCUAAACUUUUUCACGAAUACAAUUAUGGCCAGAUAAAAUUGACAUUUUGAUUCUCAUCCCUGCCCGCCCCUCUAAAAGUGCAUGUGGAGUGUGGAAUAAAAAACGGCAAGAAAAGCAAAUUUUUAGUAGGAAAAAAGUAAUAUGCCAGUAGAGAGAGGACAGAAAAAACGCAAUAACUUUGAUACAUCUAGAUACAGUGAAGCCGUCAAUUAAAUGCCGUCUACAUGGUCAGUUUCAUAUAUAUUUUGUGCCAUUUUCUUUAAAUCAAAGCACGAAAACUAAUUGAUUAUACUGGUCAUGAAGAAUUGGUAUUUUUGCUUGUAAUCAAGGAUUUUUCUUUUUUGAAAAUCAACAUUAAAGAGCAUGCGACAAACAAUUAUGAAUCACGCGAUUAAAGAUUUAGAUGCUUUCGCUUCUUUCGUUUUUGCUCACUGGAGCAUGGCUGAUAUAAAACUUGUAAGUAAGCAUUAAUAGCUGUACAUGUAUUCACUUAAAAGUCAGAAAAACAUUCAUAAUGAUUAUUGCUCAAUUAAAUUCACACUAUAACUGAUUAAUAAAUCAUCUUGUAAAAGUGUAUUCAAUCUCGGUUCACCUACCUCAUGACACGGAAGAUGACUUAAAACUUGAUAUUAAAAAAUUAAACUUAGUUGCCGUCAUAUAUUUUACUUAUUUUAUGAAAGUACUAGUUUUCUUAACGAAAAAUUAAAGAACUAAAAUUCAACUUGUAAAAACUUUUUUUUAACUUUAAUUUUAUUAUUUUUUAUCCUAAUAAACUCAUUUUAUUCCCUUUUUGUUAUUCGUAAUUAAAAAGGGUUAAAAAAUCAAUUUUUCUGUAAUAUAGUAGAUGAGAGGGGAGAGAUUACAGCUGAAACCACUGGACAACCAGUUCCCAUCCCAUCCCAAUGAUAAAAGACUUUGAUACUUAAGAUAAGAAAAAAAUGAAUAAUCUAAAGGGCAAAGAUAUUAAAUUUCAUAUUUUGUAUUUUUUUCAUAUGCCUAUGAAUUUUAACAGUUAUAAUAUAGUCAUUUGUUAUUUAUUUUUUGACUGUUUUUUAGUGUGUACUGCAAUUUAUUAUAUAAUAAUAAAAAAUUUUCUGUGGUUGUUUA